CAUAUGACCUCAGUCGAUGAAAAUGAAAGCUGUAUGCGGCUGGCUGAAACCUGUAGCGCUUAUUUUGGUCUUUAAUUUAUGUUUUAACGCAAGUUAUCAGCUGGCUGAGCUGCAGGUAUGUAGGAUGUGUCCCGGGACAGUCUUAAACGGCACCGCGGUGGGUCAGUUUUGCUCCGAAUCCGCUGGACGGAUAGACGGGCGGUGCUGCUGGAGCAAUGACAGCACAAGCGACCCUGAACGCAUCAUCGGGCUGGAUCUGUCCAAUUGUUCACUGACUCAUGUGGAUGAUCUCCAGGAAGCGUCAACAGUGUUAAUAAUAGACCUGUCCCUCAAUCCUAUUGUCAACAUGACUGACACGGCAUUUGAAGGAUUCAGCAAGUUAAAUUACAUGAUUUUGCCACAAGACACAAGUUGUCCAGGAGGCAACACGUCUUGGGAAAAGGUGGAGGUCAGAGAGGGGAACCGUUUUUGCCAAGGCCAAAAAAACAUGUGCAACCAGACGGAACACAUGUCCGUCGACUGUCCGGAGAACUCGCUCUGCGCCCCCUACGGCCCCGGCUUCUUUGAGUGCAGCUGUGCCGACCAGCACCACGGAUACAAGUGUCUUCGAGAGGGGGAGUUCCCGGCUCUCCAGGUGUUUGGGCCUCUCGCGGCAUCCACAGUCGUGAUCUCUUUCCUUCUGUGGGUCACCCAGAGACGCAAGGCCAAAUCGCUGUGAGCUCAAACUGCAGUCGACUGAUUUUAUUCUGACGAAAACUGACUGUUUUGAAAGGGAAAAUGCUGACAGGGUAAUGCUGACAAAGUCUGCAGUGACAACAGGCUUGCUGUUAAAUAUUUUCAGACUUUUACACCUUUUGUGGGGCAGCUAUAUUUUAUGUAAAGGAAAUUUAUAAGACUGACAUUUUUUUGUUUGUUUUUAAGUUACAAAUGCAAUUUUAGGGGAAAUUUUUGCUCCAAGUUUAAAGUUAUUUCUUAUUGUCAGAAACGACCACUGUCAACACUUUAACACGAUUUUUAAAUGCACAUAAGAUGAUACUGAAGGUAAAACACUGUGGUUUGCUCGGUGUGCCAACAAAUACUGAAUGUGUACGAGUUCACGCAAACACUGACUUUACGUCCUGAACCUUGUUACAGAGAAUUUAGUUACAACUUAUUGCAUGUUGAACAUGUACUUUAGCAAAAAAGAUUUAGUUUUUAUGUAUGAAUUGCCUUGUGAACCCUAAAGAUGUCUGCCUUGACUGAGCUGUUAAGUGAUUUUAAUAACCUCAAUGCAAAGUUGCAUGUUUAAAAUUAAAGGUGUAUUUAACUUGGUUUUUAGUUGUAAGUUUCACAAGAUCUUCUCAGCUUUAAGUUAAAACCGGACACAAAAUGUAAGCGAUGCUGUUCAGCUUUUGUUCAUCGGUAAAAUGUCUUAAUGUUAAUGAGCAAGAUGCUUCUUCCUAAUUACAUUCAGGGCUCUAAUAAAGAUUUUAAAACAGCG